AUGUUGGACCCUGGUCGAUACAAGAAGCAACUUGCGUCUCGUAGCACAGGACUGGUAGUGUUGGAAACAAGUCUGUUUAUUUGUAUAACAGUAAGUGCAUUGGUUGGUAAUCUAAUGGUGUGUUGGGCAGUAUAUCGCAGYAAGAAAUUGCGUACUCUUUCCAACAUUUACAUCAUUGCAUUGGCCAUCUYUGACAUCUUAAUGGCGAUCCUGUGCAUGCCACUGUCAACCGAGGUAUCAAUCGUACCAGAAUACAAACAUGGCGAUCAAGUCAUCCARUUUCAAGGUUUUUUCACGUUCUUUCUCUCAUUAGCSUCAAUCCAGACCAUGACAGCCAUGGCAGUCAACAGAUAUUUUCGUAUUGUUAAGCCAAAGUUGUACCGUAAAUGCUUYAAUUCUUUGAAGAAAGUGGCAUUGUCGCUCGCCAUURUUGUUAUCAUGGCUGGCAUCGGUGCUGCGCUKCCACUGGUGUUCGGUUUUGCGGUGUAUAUCUUCCACUACGGGAAAGUAUUCUCGUAUAUACGGUACCUGACCGUGCCGGCAGCAUACUCAUACACGGUCUUUUUGAAGAUUUUCUACAUUACCUUCCCCACCCUGGUGACUUUGUUUUGCUAUUACAAGAUUUUCACUGCGGUGAAAGCACAUUCUAAAGCAAUGAAAGCCAAGCAAGAGGAAAGCAGAUCAGGUCCAUCCAUGAACGUAGAAGAUGUCAAYAUCACCAAAGCACUGUUCGCAACUGUUGUGGGAUUCGUAGCUUGUUGGACACCCGUUGCUAUYAUUGAUAUGAUUGACACGUUCUCAAACCAUACUGUYAAUCAACCGCGACAAAUCUAUCUGAUGUACAUCUACCUGGGAUAUGGUAGCAGCUCUAUUAAUCCCUUUAUAUAUGGCAUUCUGAACAGAUCCUUCAGAGUGGAAUUUAUGAAGAUAUUUAGAUUAAAAUUUGCUAGUCAUUCYUCGACUAGCGACGCUGCGUCUCGACCCACAGCAGCGAUGUUCUGGCGAACCAACGCUUCAGGCAUAACACCCAUUGACAACUAA